GCUUGAAAUAAAUAUAUAAACUAAAUCACGUCCGCGUAAAAGAUUAUGUCGCUGAAACACCCUCUACGUUUUGCAUUCUGUGUGUAGUUGCGAGAGGAUUCCUAAGCCUUGAAUACAACUGUUCUGCUCAACAGUGUCUCAGAACAGCCGCAGUGGAGGUCCGCGAACAUGAAAUCUGCGCUUUUUAUCUGUUUGCUGGGCAUCGCAAUAACCUUGGCUUUUGGUGCUUCCGCCACCGAUGGGAGAUCAAAAAAGAGAAGACUGCCUGGAGCCAGGAUACCACUAGAGAACAGUGGGGGCCUUGCAGAGGCUGUACUGGACAGUAUUCAGGCUCAGAAUGUGCAGGAGCAGUUACAUCAUACCAAACGUUGGUGUAGAGGAUGUACCUAUCCUUUGGAAGGUGAUGGUAACCAAGCAGAAAUGGUGCAGAAGAGAAUCGAGAAAGUCCAAAAAGAGGAAUCUGCUCAAACGGUGACUCCAGACGUACAGGACGCAGACAGUAAGCAGAGAAGGAAGAGAGAAACGGGUUACCGUGAUGCACCCAAGAAAGGGAAAGGGAAGGGAAAGGGGAGGAAGAGAAAACCGAACACUACCAGCAUUUAUCAUCCAUUCUCUGGCACCGGAGACCAAGCCUCAGCAGUGCAACAAAGACUCAACAGUAAGCUUCAGAAGCAGAAUGAAAACCUCCCCGCUGACACUCAGAACCGUAAGAGGAGGGCAAUCCAGCCCCUGACAAAGAAGCCCCCCAGGCCAUGUCCUGGCUGCUUUGCUGUCAUAGGUGAUGCUAAUAGGAACCUGGAUCAGCAGGGCUAGUAAUUCCUUCUUUCCUGCUCCUGUGAUGGAAAGUGUAUGGCUACCAACACCCAGUCAAUCACAUCAGAUGGAGAAGCAUGACAAAAAAUAUGCAAAGAAUAUAAACGCCAACUAAAUAGCAACAUGCACUUACAAAUUUAUAUAUAGCUAUGCAAAAUCCUUAGGCUACUAGAAGGCACUGAUAGCAUAAAUAACUUUAAAGUCUUUGAAACACAUAGAGCAAUUUUAGGCAGUGUAGUGCUAGUAUGGAACAAGAUACUAAGCCAUGUUAGAGAAGCUGACACCUUGUGUUCUUCUAAGAAAUGGCUGGAGGAGACCCUUGGAUCAAUUAGAUAAUAACUACCCAAUGGGCUCCUCAUGUGUGUAAAGUGUCUUGUGUCAUUAUUUUGAACCAAUCUGAACUACCCAGCAUAAAUAUUACAGUAUAAUUCUGAAAUAGAAAAUACUUAUAAAAGAAAGUGACUUCUAAGAAAUAACAGGGAAUCGUUUUUGGAGAGAUCACUUAUUGUUUAAAAUCAUUUUUAGAUCUGGCCUAGGUUCAGGCCUAGGUGGAUGAUAGCUGCAGUAUGAAUGUUGCAACCUACAGUAUGGGAGUUAAAGUCACCUGGAGUCUGGUUUUAAUUAUUCUUUUGCCCCAGUCUUACAGUCUGUAGAUUCUCAUUAAAAUCCACUUUAAUAUGUGUAACAGUUCAUACAGUAUAAUCCCAAAAAGCUUACUCACUUACUGUAACAUUCAAGAUUUGUUUAAGUAUUUGUGGUAUCAGUACUUUCAAACAUAAAGUACAUGUAAAUGAGGAUACUGCUUUGCAUGACUACCUUCUAUGUUUUUGCUCAUGUAAACUUUGCAAAUGUUUGUACCAUAAAUAAAAUCUAAGUUUGUUGAAA